AUGGCCACGUGUCCUCCUUUCGACUUCUCGGCGAAAUAUUACAACGGUGACGGAAGCGGAUGCGAGAGGCAGACCAGCUUCUUCGGAGGUACGGCGGUGCUCGAUCAAGGGGUUGGCUACGCCGUUAUUCUCGGUUUUGGUGCUUUCUUUGCCGUCUUCACAUCUUUUCUGGUUUGGUUGGAAAAACGAUAUGUGGGGGCUCAACAUACCUCGGAAUGGUUCAAUACAGCCGGAAGAAACGUUAAGACAGGACUCAUUGCAAGUGUCAUUGUGUCACAGUGGACAUGGGCUGCGACCAUACUCCAAAGUUCCAACGUCGCAUGGCAGUAUGGUGUUAGUGGACCGUUUUGGUAUGCUAGUGGAGCCACCAUACAGGUACUAUUGUUUGGUGUGAUGGCGAUUGAGAUAAAGAGAAAGGCUCCUAAUGCUCACACGGUCUGCGAAAUCGUGAAGGCUCGUUGGGGAACCGCAACACAUAUAGUGUUUUUGGUGUUUUGUCUGGCGACCAACGUUGUAGUGACGGCGAUGCUCUUGCUCGGCGGCUCGGCCGUGGUAAAUGCUCUCACCGGAGUGAAUAUAUACGCCGCAAGCUUUCUCAUCCCUCUCGGCGUUGUUGUCUAUACUUUGGCCGGAGGACUUAAAGCUACUUUCCUCGCAAGCUACGUUCAUUCCGUCAUUGUUCACGUGGUUCUAGUCGUCUUUGUGUUUCUCGUCUACACUUCGAGCAGUGAGCUUGGGAGUCCGUCUGUGGUCUAUGACCGGCUAAGAGAUAUGGCUGCUAAGUCAAGGACAUGCACUGAGCCGCUCUCGCACCACGACCAAGCUUGUGGUCCGGUUGACGGCAACUACAGAGGCUCUUAUCUCACCAUGUUGAGCUCUGGUGGUGCUGUCUUCGGUCUCAUUAACAUUGUCGGAAACUUCGGCACUGUCUUCGUUGACAAUGGUUAUUGGGUGAGUGCAAUAGCUGCUCGACCUUCAUCGACGCACAAGGGAUAUUUGCUCGGUGGACUCGUGUGGUUCGCUGUGCCUUUCUCCCUAGCUACCUCGUUAGGCCUUGGCGCACUAGCCCUUGACUUGCCUAUAUCCGCAGAUGAGGCUGACCGAGGUCUAGUCCCGCCUGCUACUGCCAUUGCUCUCAUGGGUAAACCUGGAUCCUUGCUUCUCCUCACUAUGCUUUUCAUGGCUGUAACAUCGGCUGGUUCUUCAGAGUUAAUCGCAGUCUCAUCGCUUUUCACCUACGACAUCUACCGAACAUACAUAAACCCUAGAGCAACCGGUAAACAAAUCCUGAGAGUCUCAAGAUCCGCGGUUCUGGGAUUCGGAUGUUUCAUGGGGAUUCUUGCAGUGAUCUUGAACAAAGCCGGUGUUUCUCUCGGAUGGAUGUAUCUCGCAAUGGGAGUUCUCAUUGGCUCUGCGGUUAUCCCCAUCGCGUUCAUGCUCUUGUGGAGUAAAGCUAAUGCUUUUGGUGCGAUUCUUGGAUCGAUCUCUGGUUGUGUUCUUGGGAUCGUUACUUGGUUAUCAACCGCAAAGAUACAGUACGGACGCGUUGAUCUUGAUACCACAGGGAGAAAUGCUCCCAUGUUAGCUGGUAACCUCGUCGCGAUUCUAACAGGAGGGUUGAUCCAUGCGGUGUGUAGUCUAGUCCAUCCACAGAAUUACGAUUGGUCGACGACGAGAGAAAUCAAAGUGGUUGAAGCUGAGGCUUCAGGGGACAAUGUUGAUGUUCCUGUGGAGGAGCUAAGAGAAGAGAAGUUGAGAAGAGCCAAAGCUUGGAUUGUGAAAUGGGGUCUUGUCUUCACUCUCCUCAUUGUUGUCAUAUGGCCAAUUCUCUCUCUACCAGCACGAGUGUUUAGCAGAGGAUAUUUCUGGUUUUGGGCGAUUGUGGCUGUAGCUUGGGGAACUAUUGGAUCGAUUGUGAUAAUUGGUUUGCCUUUGAUCGAAAGCUGGGACACGAUCAAGAGCGUUUGUAUGGGAAUGUUCACUAACGAUAGGUUAAUGAACAAGCUUGAUGACUUGAACCAUAGGCUUCGAGCUUUAACCAUGGCUGUACCAGAAGCUGAGAGGAUUUAUUUGCUUGAAGUCGAGAAGAUCAAGAAAACCGAUGAAGAAAGUUGA